GCCCUUCCUCCCUCUGAAUUCGAUCCUCCUGUCUUUUAUCUUUUUAGUAUUAUCUUCCUCCAUCUUCCCACGAGAACAGUCCCUUCUGUUCUGCUCAAAUCGUGCUACUUUGAAUCGCAAUUGAUUUCUUCUUUGUCUGUCUACUCUUAAAAUGCAUCCCUCCGCAGUUCUUCUGGUUCUCUCCUCCAUUGGUGCGCAUGCCGUGCCGAUGCUCUGGGGCCCCGGCAACGAUACGGCUCUGGAGCGCCGGGGCAAUGCAACUGUGUAUAGGCGUCACGAUACGCCCUCCUACACCGUUGUCAAUGUCGCCGGAGACGAUGGCACACCAAAACCUCAAACCAUCACUGUGCCUCAGUCACCCUCGCCUAGCCCGAGUCCGCCAUCAUGGGGCAUUCAGGCCCGUUCCACUCCCACCCCUACCCCCCAGGCGGCGGAUGAGGGCCGCGAAUCCAACGUGAACGAGGGCAUUAUUCGUCGAAUGAUUUUCGGAAGAUCAACGAAUGAGACGGAGACGCGCGCCCUCCUUGCCCGCAGCAGCAACCACACCUCUUCCCAGCUCAGUGCCCGCAGCAACAGCACUGAGACCCGAGACCUUCAUGCACGGAGCAAUAGCACUGAGGCCAGGUCCUUCUCUGCUCGCAGCAGCAACAGCACGGAUACUCGUUCUCUGUUUGCCCGCAGCAAUGAUACUGCUUCAAGCGUCGGUGCACGCAGCGCUGAUGAUGGGGCGCGGGUCAACUUCGCCCGUGCUGCACUCAAUGCCACUGAGCUGCAGGCGCGCCAAUUCCUGAAGCGGAGCAACGAAACCUCUCACCAAGAGCGGAGCCUGAACGGAACUACCCUGCAGAGGCGCAAUGAGACCGGAAGCAUUAUCUAGAAUGCUGUGUCUCGGUUGCCCUUUUCAUUCCUCUGUCCCCUUCUCCAUACAACACCCCUCCAUGAAAUGACGCCAUGACGAUGGCUUGGCACGGCUUGUUGAAAUGAGGAAGAUUGUCAGGAUUAAAUUAACAAAGAAUGGUUGAUAUGAUGCAUGAUGGACGAGAGCGUGUCUUGUUUCUGUUUCCUUCUUUUUUCGGGUUUUUAGCGGGUUGUCAUGCAUGCAUUCUUCAUGUAACACGGCGUUUUGUUUAUUUUUCCUGUUGGUAUUUCUUUUGUGGUUGUCAUGGUUGUUCGAGAGUAUCAUCCAUAAUUUGCGUUUCAUGUGAAUAAGUGGGUUCAAUUGACA